CGUUUCAAACUGCAGUGGAGAUCCUGUGACGUCACAACUAAUAAACAUGUGCUCGUCAUGUGCUGGUUUGUUAUGAAAAAUAUUAUACGGAGUUUGACGAUGUAUUGAACAUAAAGUGAAAAUGAAAUUCUCAUACCGUUUUUCCAACUUGUUGGGAUCAGUGUACAGAAAGGGUAAUGUCGUGUUCACACCAGAUGGCAAUAGUGUCAUCAGUCCUGUCGGAAACCGAGUCACAGUAUUUGACCUAAAGAACAAUAAAUCAGAAACACUGCCAAUUGAAAGUGGGAAGAAUAUAACAUGUAUUGCCCUGUCUCCAGAUGGAUACACCAUGAUUCUGGUCAAUGAGGAUGGAGAAGGCUAUCUGUGCAGCCUGGUCAGUAAGACUGUUCUCAACACUUACCACUUCCACCAGCCAGUUCAUCAUGUCAAAUUCAGCCCUGAUGGCAAAAAAUUUGCUGUGACAAGGAACAAUGUGAUCAUGGUGUUCCAUGCUCCGGGAAAGAGGAGAGAGUUUAAUCCAUUCCAGCUUUACCGGACGUACCAGGGAGCCUAUGAUGAAACAGUCUGCAUUGAUUGGACGUCAGACUCCAAGGUCCUGUGUGCUGGUUCUAAGGAUAUGAACACCAGGGUACAUGCUGUAGAACGCCUGGCUAACCUCACCAUUAACUCCCUUGGGGGUCACAAUGAUGCCAUUGUUGCAGCAUACUUUGCUCACAACUCCCUGGAUGUAUUUACCAUCAGUCAGAAUGGCCACCUGUGUGUGUGGGGGAGUGACACAAAGCUGGAAGAUCUACGACCAUAUAUCCCCAAAGUUCGCAAACAUCAGGGCGAAGAGGAUGACAUGGAGGAUCAGGAAAUCUCGGAACCAAAAGAAAUCCCCAUGGACACAGUUGAAUCAGAGGAGAGAGUUGAGUAUCAUCGAAUACAAAAAUACUCCUACAAGGAAGCUCGUGGUGCCACAGCUAAAUUUGCUCAUCUCACAAGUGCGACAUACCACAAAAACAGUGCCAUUCUAGUAGCAGGAUUUCAAGAUGGCUCCUUCUUCCUGCAUGAGAUGCCAGACUUUAAUCUCAUACACUCCCUCAAUGUUUCUGACCAGAGCAUUGCCUCAAUGGCGUUCAACAACACAGGGGACUGGCUGGCCCUGGGAUGUGGAGGUCUGGGCCAGCUUCUUGUGUGGGAGUGGCAGAGUGAGACCUAUGUCCUCAAACAACAGGGACACUUUAACAACAUGGGCUGUCUAGCCUACUCUCCUGAUGGCCAGAACAUCGCCACUGGCGGGGAUGAUGGAAAGGUAAAAGUUUGGAAUACCAGCAGUGGAUUUUGCUUUGUAACCUUUAACGAGCAUUUGGGAGGUAUCACUGGUGUUACUUUUAACCAGAACGGACAGGUGGUGUUGUCGGCAUCCCUGGACGGAUCUGUACGAGCUUUUGAUCUCAACAGAUAUCGCAACUUUCGCACCUUUACCUCUCCGCGUCCGUGUCAGUUUUCCUGCCUUGCAUUAGACCACAGUGGUGAUGUUGUUUGUGCUGGAGGACUCGACACAUUUGAAGUGUAUGUCUGGUCGAUGCAGACGGGACGCUUGCUUGAGGUACUGACCGGACAUGUGGGACCAAUCAGCACACUUAGUUUUAGUUCCAACCAAUCAUUUCUGGCCAGUGGCUCCUGGGACAAAGAAGUGAAAUUAUGGGAUGUAUUUGAAAACAAAGGUGUGAAGGAAACACUGAAGUUUACAUCUGAUGUCCUGGCUGUAGCCUUUCGUCCUGAUGGAGAAGAAGUAGCUGUAGCAACUCUAAAUGCUCAUAUCACUUUCUGGAAUCCUCACACAGCCAGUCAGACAGGCUCUAUAGAGGGCAGGCACGACCUUGGUUACUUCCGCAGUGAGAAUGACAGAAUAUCUGCCAAAAAAGCUGCAGAAGGAAAGGCCUUCACUACGAUCUGCUAUUCGGCUGAUGGACAGUUUUUACUGGCAGCUGGACACUCCAAGAAUGUGUGUAUUUACUCCAUACCAGACCAAAUGCUCAUCAAGAAAUUUGAAAUUUCACGAAACUUUUCCUUUGAUGGCAUGGAGGAGUUUCUGGACCGACGUAAGAUGACACAGUGGGGUAGUUUGUCACAAGUGGACGAAGGACAGGCAGACCAGGAUGGAUCGGCCGUUAGUCUCCCAGGAGUGAAGAAAGGCGACAUGAGCUCACGCCACUGGAAACCUGAAGUCAGAGUAGCAGCAGUGCAGUUCUCUCCCACAGGACGUGCUUGGGCCUCUGCAACAACAGAAGGAUUGUUAGUCUACUCACUGGACCAUAACCUUGUGUUUGACCCCUUUGACCUAGAGAUGGACAUUACCCCAGAAAAUGUGAGGAAAACUCUCGCCAAGGGAGAUUACUCUAUUGCAUUGAUGCUGAGCUUCAGACUGAAUGAAGUAAAACUAAUACAGGAGGUGCUAGAAUCCAUACCUGUAUCCAAUGUUCCUGUUAUUUGUGAGAAUCUCCCCAACACAUAUAUUGACAAACUACUAGUAUUUUUAGCCAAUCAGAUGGAGGCAACAUCACACCUGCAUUUCUAUAUGAUCUGGAUCAACAAGAUUCUUAUGUUCCAUGGCCCCAAGUUAAAGCAGCGUUCUCAGUCCAUUAUGGCAACACUGAGGAUGUUACAGAAGAGUAUCACCCGCAAACAUGAGGAUCUUGGUAAAAUUUGUGACCACAACAAAUACAGUAUCGGCUACAUCAAAGCUCUAUCUCAGGCCAAACGUAAACGGGUCCCUCAGGCAGGAUCGGAGGACGACAGUGAUGAGUUUGAAGAUGAGAAAGAGGAUGAUUCUGAAGAUGAACAUUUUAUGAGCAAUCUCAUGAAUAGAGUUACAUAGAAUGUAAUAAAUUUGUUAUUCACUCUGAAA